AUGCCUGCAAGCCCUCCGUCGAUCUCGUCGAGCGACGACAAGGGCGCGAUGUCGCACCACGACGUGGCGCCGCCACUGCUCGAGAAAAACGCGGAGUCCGGGUCGUUCGCGGACUCCGAGAAAGCCACGACCGGCGCCGGCGCGCUCGGCGACGCCGCGAUCCCCGACAACGUGCUCGCGGAGUACUCCGAGGAGCAGGUGGCGCAGAUGGGCCGCGCGUUCGCGCGCAAGUACGAGCUGCCCAACGAGGACGACAUCUUCGCGCGGGCCGCGGUGCUGGCGCGGUCGCCCGAGCACUACGACCACAUGUCACUUCUCACGGAGGAGGAGCGCCUCGCGUGCUACGACGAGCAGUACCAUCCGCUGCGCAACAUGCCGCCCAAGCUGAUCGCGAUCAUCUGCGCGGCGGCCAUGGGCGCGGCCGUGCAGGGCAUGGACGAGACCGUGAUCAACGGCGCGCAGCUGUUCUACCCCAAGGUGAUGUCGCUGGGCGAGGAGACGCAGCGCAACGACUGGCUCAAGGGCCUGAUCAACGGCGCGCCGUACCUGUGCUGCGCGGGCGUGUCGUGCUUCAUGACCGACUUCCUCAACAACUGGCUGGGCCGCAAGCGCGUCAUCUUCUGGACCUGCGUCAUCUCCGCGGUCACGUGCCUGCUCCAGGCCUUCGCCCCCACGGGCACCCGCGGCUGGCACUACCUCUUCGCCAUGCGUUUCCUGCUGGGGCUCGGCAUCGGGCCCAAGUCCGCCACCGUGUCCAUCUACCUCGCCGAGUGCUCCACCAAGAAGCUGCGCGGCAUCAUUUGCAUGAACUGGCAGGCCUUCACCGCCUUCGGCAUCAUGUGGGGGUACGUCUUCAGUCUGAUUUUCUACAGGGUGGGCUCCGGCGCCGUGCACGGCGGGCUGAAUUGGAGACUGAUGCUGGCAUCGGCCAUGAUUCCCGCAGUCCUCGUGCUGUUCCAGAUCCCCUACUGCCCGGAGUCCCCCCGUUGGCUCAUGGGCAAGGGCCGCUACCGUGAGGCUUACGAAUCGACCGUCCAGAUCCGCCCCCACCGCCUCCUGGCCUGCCGCGACCUGUUCUACCAGCACGUGCUGUUGCUGGAGGAGGAGUCCCUGGACAAGCCCUACAUCAAGCGUCUGGGCGAGCUCUUCACCGUGAGGCGUAACCGUAACGCCAUGCUGGCCGCCUUCAUCUGCGCCUUCAUGCAGCAGUUCUGCGCCAUCAACAUCAUCGCCUACUACUCCUCCGCCAUCUUUCUGCAGUCUGGAUUUUCCGAGAUUUCCUCCCUGUGCAGCUCCCUCGGUUUUGGUCUGAUUAACUUCUUCUUUGCUAUCCCCGCGUUUUUCAUGAUCGACCGCUUCGGCCGCCGUUUCUUGCUGCUGUCCACCUUCCCCGCCAUGGCCCUGUUCCUGUUUGUUACGGGCUUUGCGUUCUGGAUCCCCGACCAGCAGACCCGUGUCGGCAUCGUCUCCAUGGGUAUCUACGUCUUCUCGGCUAUCUACUCUUUUGGCUGCGGUGUCGUCCCAUUUGUUGUCGCUGGUGAAGUGUUCCCUCUGUACGUGCGUGCCAUCGGCGCUUCCUUCUUCACUAUCGUUCUAUGGGGAUUCAAUUUCAUUCUAUCCGUGACAUGGCCCCGUAUGUUAAACGCGCUGCACCCACAGGGUGCCUUCGGCUUCUACGCUGGCUGGAACAUUGUGGGCUGGUUUUUGGUUUACUUCUUGUUACCCGAGACCAAGCAGCUGACUCUUGAAGAACUGGACGAAGUGUUUGACGUGCCCUUGAGAAAGCGUAUAAGCUACCAGUUCUUGGAACUGUGGCCCAACUUCCAAGAGUAUGUUCUGCGCAGAAAGAACGUUAUCAGGCAACCUCCUCUGGGCCGUCAUCACCGCCUAGCGGUCAAGAACGCUGAGUGGAACGACAAGGCUGAGGUUGAGCAAGUCGAGAACAUCUAG